AUGGCUUCAAUCGACAACAACAGCAACUUUUGCUCGAUGGAGGAGGAGCUUCAGGCGGAGGCUAGAGUCCUGAAGCAAAUUCAGAACAAGUUGUCUGAAAAGAUGGAUUUUGGAAAAACUGCCCCGCCCACUGAAGAGGAACAAAAGGCAAUCGACGCCAAAUCGAUUUUCGUGGGAAAUGUGGAUUAUGGAGCGACGUUGGGAGAGCUCGAGGCCCAUUUUAUGGGAUGCGGAACGAUUGUGAGAACCACGAUCCCAAAGGACAAAUUGACAAAGAAGCAAAAGAAUUUCGCGUACGUGGAAUUCGAAUGUGCUGUUAGCGUGGAGAACGCCAUUUUGAUGAACGGCUCUACUUUCCGUGGCCGACCGAUCGUUGUGACCGCCAAGCGGACGAACAAGCCAGGAAUGGGAGCAUCAAGAGGAAGAGAUGGAUUCAGAGGAGGACGUGGAGGACAGCAGACCGUAGUGAUCAAAUAUGUGUAUGUGAAUGGCCCUGCACCAAGAGGACAUGGAGCAUUCCGUGGAGGAAGAGGGCGAUUCAACCCUUAUUGA